AUGAUUGGACGCAAGCGUUUCAAAAAAGAGAUUCCCGUGCCGCUCACGCCGGAAGAUCGCAUGAAUAAGAGCAAAGCGCCAUGUGUAAUGUUCGAUUGUCCUCCAAAAUCUGCACCGCCAGUUUAUGGCUAUUCGUUGAAUAGAAAAGCCAGAGAUGGUUCUAAGUUUGAGUGUUUAUCUCCACAUUCGGAUUCCCGUCAUUCACUCGGAAACAACUUCUUUUUCUCGAGACCUAACUCGCCGUACGAUCAAUACUUCUCUCAGAAUAUUUUCGAUUCUGAUCGCAUUGAUUACGCUGUUAGACAAAACAAAAACUCUGAAGUGGUUGGUCGUUUGGACACAGUUAAAAGCGUUGGAAGUGGUAAAAAUCGAUCGACUUUAGAGAAAAAGCUCUCGAAUACACCACGCAAAGUUUAUCAAUUUGGGACGCCACCGAGAGACGGAUUCAAAACUUUUGAAAUGUUCGUUCCCCGGUCUCCAGACCAACCUCACUCAUUUGCCGGAUACUCCAAGUUACUGUACUCUGGAUAUCCUAAAAUAUUGGCUGCUAAGCGUCUACAAGAUAUGAGUGCAUUGGGUAUUAACGGUCAUUUUGAAAAUCUUUUUACCACGCCAUCGAAAAAGAACGAGCCAACAACAGCAAGAAGUUCUACUCACAAAGAACAAACCAUCGGAAGCGGGAGCACCUUGAACAGCACACAUGUCGAAGAUGAUCAGCUGGCCAAUGCUAACAGUCAAAUAAUGGACCUUUUGAGGAAAAAAGAAACCAGAAGUGCUCUAGAAACUGCAAAACUAUCUGGAAAACAUCAGGGCCAGCUCCAAAGCAGUCAACACAAAAAAAAGGAGCUGGGGAACGCUGAAAAACGCUUGCAGAUGAUACUAGCCUUGGAUCAAGCAGCUUCACUCGUCAAGAGAGAUCAAAACAUGACGAUGCUCAAUCCUCCAACUCUCAUUGAUCUUGGUCAAGAAAAAGAAGAUAUCAUUGGAUUGGAUAUGUUCACGGAACGUGAUUUCUCCAAAUCAGAACUCGAAAAGUCUAAUGUAGGAACUGGUAUAGUUCUCCCAAAAGAAAAUCAAGAUUCAUCGAUUCAUGCUAAACCAUCAGCAGUAGUAGACAAUGAUAUCUGCUCUGCGUCAGCAGUUCAAACGAGUCCAGCAAAAGAAGAUGCUCUGAUCGAAGCUGAAAAGCGGAUGCAAGCAUAUCUGAUGGCAAAAUCUGCACAGACUACUCCGAUGACUUCUGGAACUGCGUUCAAUCGAUUUACAUCUGACAUGUCCACCAAAGCUGAUAAAGUUCCUCACAUCACCAGCGAAGGCAUCGAAACAUUGAAGACUGUCAGCAAUAAAUUACCGAUGCCAUAUGUUAUGGACCAGUUGAAUCAAAACACGAUUGAUGACAGCAGAAAACCAGAAACUGGAGAUUCGUUGCUGUGCAGUCCGGUCAAGGAUGAUGAGUUCGCCGAUGCCCACAGACGAAUGAUGAAAUUCCUCAAGACAAAAGGAAACAAAAACGGAGGGAAAACGUUUCGAACUAGUUCAACUGGAAAUGAGGUCAAAAAUAUUAUUCGGCCCACUUCACAAGAGCCUGCAGUGGUACUGUCUGAAAAAAAUUCAAAGGAGCCGCAACUCGACCAAGCUGAGGAUAGUGAACUAGAAGAUGCAGCUGAGCGUAUGCAGAAGUUCCUUGCUUCCAAACAAACCGUUCUUGUGGGCAUACGGAAUAUCAACGUGGCGGCGUCCGCUCAAUCACAAACCUCCAAGACAGAAAUUGGGCUCCUAAAAACGGCGGAUAGUGAAACACAAAAUUUCUUGUCUGCUGCUACUUCACUUUGCGAAAACAACUCAAUCAUGAUGAAUAACAAAGUAACAUCUGAAACCAGUGAAGCGAUAGGAUGCGCAUCAUUGGAGGCUGGGUUAUCGACGUCUGCUGGAAUCUUACUGAGCGGAAACAAACGGAAAACAGCAAUCAUCCAAGGAACGCUUCAAACCAGUCCAGCAAAAGAAGACGCAAUUUUGGAAGCCGAGAAGCGAAUGCAAGCAUUCCUUGCUGCUAAGCAGGCCCGUUUGGCAGAUAAGAAGAUUCUGGAGCCAACAACUAUAGACUUGGUCAGAAAUACGAGAACAUCUAUUUCUCAACAGACUGAUACAUUUUCUGAAUGCAAUCCAAAACAACCACAAGUGAACCAAGGUGACUCCUCGAUUGACGUCGACAAUACUGCAAAACAAGUACCGUGCAAAACCACAAAUGCUACUUCUGCUCCGUUGACUUCUAUAAGUUUGCGAGGAAUCAAUACAAAUCAACCAAAGCUCAACCAAGCUGAGGAUAGUGAACUAGAAGAAGCUGCUAAGCGUAUGCACAUAUUCCUUGCUUCCAAACAACCCAUUCCUGCGGUCACACGGAAUAUCAUCUUGGCGGCUUCCGCUCAAUCACAAACUUCCAUGGCAAACAUUGGGAUUCAAGAAACUCCGGAUAGUGAAACACUAGACUUUUCGUCUGCUGGUGGUACUCCACUUUGUAAAAACAACACAAUCGUGAUGAACUGCAAAGUAACAUCUGAAACCAGUCCAGCAAUAACGGAGGCAUCUUUGGAGGUCGGUUCAUCGGUUUUUGCUAAAACCCCAAUGGUUGGAAGCAAUCGGAAAACAGCAAUAAUCCAAGGAACGUCUCAAACCAGUCCAGCUAAAGAAGACGCAAUUUCGGAAGCUGAGAAACGAAUGCGAGCGUUUCUUGCUGCUAAACAAGCUAAAUCAGCAGAUAAAAAUCUUUCGGAGCCAACAACGGGAGACUUGGUCAGAAAUACUAAAACAUCUAUUUCUCAGCAGAGCGUUAGAUGUAGUGAAUGCAAUCCAAAACAACUAAAAGGAAAUCGAGAUGAGAAAUUGGAUGACGUGGAUAAUACUGUAAAACAAAAACCGUGCAAUACUUCUGCUCCAUUGACUGCUCUAAAUCAGCAAGAAAUCAAUGCAAAUCAACCAAAGCUAAACCAAGCUGAGGAUAGUGAAUUAGCAGAAGCGGCAAAACGUAUGCAAGCGUUCCUUGCAUCCAAGCAGGCGACUCCAGUUGGCAAACAAGAUAUCAACGUCACUAAGCUCAUUCCCACAAAACCGAUUCACACAGAACCAGCAGCAGUAGAUACGGUUAUCAAAGCUAAUGAGCAAUUGGAAAGCGUCAUCGCUAAACCAUCGACCGAUAAGACCGAACUCGAACUCGCAAAAAUCACUGACAAUAAAACACACGGUUCGUCGGCUUUUGCUGGAAAAUCACAGGAUGGGAACUACCAGAAAACAGCAGUAAUCCAAGGAACAUCUCGAAGCAGUCCAGCUAAAGAAGAUGCAAUUUUGGAAGCCGCGAAGCGAAUGCAAGCGUUUCUUGCUGCCAAACAAACUAAAUCGGCGGAAAUGAAACUUCUGGAGCCAGCUAAACUAGCAGUCAAUUGUUUUCCUGCUGACAAAGCGGAAAAUUCAGCAAAACCGUUGGACACUGGAAUGACCGUCAAAAACAAAUUGCCAUUGCUGUUAGUAUUAGAUCAUAGCAAUGAAAAUUCGACUACUGAGGGCAAAAACCUCGAUAUUGAAGAUUCGUUGCUGUGCAGUCCUGUCAAAGAUGAUGAGAUUGCUAAUGCCCAUAGACGAAUGAUGGAAUUCCUUAAGACCAAAGGAAACAAAAAUGGAGGGAAAACGUUUCAAACGAGUUCAACUGGAAACGAGGUCAGAACUGUGUAUGCACCCAUUUCUCAAGAGCCUGCAGGUGGCAGCAACCGGAAAACAGCAAUCAUCCAAGGAACGUUUCAAACUAGUCCAGCAAAAGAAGACGCAAUUUUUAAAGCCGAGAAGCGGAUGCAAGCAUUCUUUGCAGCCAAACAAUCCAAAUCGGCGGACAUGAAACUUACUGAGCCAACGACUGAGGACUUGGUCAGAAAUACGGAAACACCUAUUUCUCAGCAGACUGAUACAUUUCCUGAUUGCAAUCCAAAACAACUAACAGGAAACCAAGGUGAGAACGUGGAUGACGUGGACAGUACUGCAAAACAAGAACUAUGCAAAAUCACAAAUGUUACUUCUGCUCCGUUGUCUGCUAUAAGUCUGCAAGGAAUCAAUACAAAUCAACCAAAGCUAAACCAAGAAGAGGAUAGCGAACUAGAGAAAGCUGCUAAGCGUAUGCAGAAAUUCCUUGCUUCCAAACAACCCAUUCCUGCGGUCACACGGAAUAUCAUCGUGGCGGCUUCCGUUCAAUCACAAACCUGCAGUGUGGCCACAGACAUACAAUCUGACAAAGUGGAAAAGUCAGCGAAACUGUUGGGCGCUGGAGUGACAACCAGCCCUGCUAAAAAUACUGAAAUCGAGGAAGCCAGCAAAAAGAUGUUGGAAUUUUUGGUAAAAAAGGAAACUGCUGCAAUGGUGACUCCGGUUCCGGUUGUCACAGGAAUCACCCCCAAAUCCUGCGCUACACCAUCAACCUUGAUGCCGAUCGUUCCAAUACUUCCUAAUCCAGUUCCACUUCUUGAAGCUGUGAAAAAUACAACAAUUGCAACUCCUGAAAAGGUAAGGACAAAUGUUGCUGAAGAGAACGACCAAAUGACACCAAUCGGAAAAGGAGAGUCUGAGAGAGAUGCACGAGUCUCAACACCUACUCGAUUUAUUUCUUCACCCGAAUUGUCAAUUCCAUCAACGCCAAUCCAAAGUCCGGAAAAACCUGUUGCUGCUGAAAUCGAAGUGAAACAAGUUGUUGUAGUCCAACCUCCUCCUUCUUCUCCUCCAAUCGUGAUGCCUGGAGAUCCGAUGUGGUUGGCUCAACAAAUGGCAAUGUUGUUCGGACAUCCAAUGCUAAUCCAACCUUGCAUCGAAGAUAAACCAAAAGUCGUUGAAGCAGUUGUACCACUUCUUUCUCUACCAGUAAACUGUGAGGCAGUGUCAAAUGCAUUGAUCAAAAUAGAAGUUACCAAACGUUUGAACGAAAUUCAAAGUCACACAAGUUGCCAACUCACAAUCCAUCAUUCGACACCAAAAAAAUCAUGCCUGAGAAAACCGGAUUUAUUUGACAACGUGCCAGAUUACAUUAGUCAUGCGAAAACUCCUUGCCAGACUCCAAUGAAACUUCAGUUCGAAAAAAAAACUCGUCCGCCUAAACCCAUUUACAAUCGUCGAGAACGUCUCCGCCGUCAACCUAUCAAUUUGAUAUUCCCAGGACGUGCCAAGAAAUCUGUCAAGUUUCAAUGCGAGGCCAAUUUGAUCUCCAAAGAACCGACUUACGACGAAGUUGUCAAUGGAGGAGGAUCGGGAUUCAAAAUUCUCUCGAUUGUCGACUACAACACAAAUACUGUCUGUUAUCCAAAGUAUAUUCCCCCAUCUGAUUUUUGUAGGAAAUAG